CCCGGUGACUGUCCAUUGGCGUGGUGCACGGCUUCCCUCCUCCCCCUUCCUCCAGCUUAGACCUGCCCCUGUUUUGUAUGUCUGUGUCCAUCCAGUCGCUUGACGUUCAAGUUCGCAGGGACGUCACGUCCGCACUUGAACUUGCAGCUCAGGGGGGCUUUUGCCAUUUUUUUUCAUCUCUCUCUCUCUCUCUCUCUCUCUCUUUCUGUCUCUCUCUCUCCUUUCUCUCUCUCCUCUUUUCUCUCUCUCUCUCUCCCUCUCUUGCACAGAAAGGAAAAAAAAAAGAAAAGAAAAAAAGAAAAGAAGCAAAAGCAAAAGAAAAGCCAUGACUGCUUUCCCACAAUUCAUCUUCCCCGCGCCAUCUUUGUAUUAUUUCUAAUUUAUUUUGGAUGUCAAAAGACAUUGAUGAAGAUAUUUUCUCUGGAGUCUCCUUCCUCGCUCACCCGGCGGUUCCCGAUGUGAUCCGAGCGAGAGAGCUCCGUGCGCGCCCGCCCGAGCAACCGCCACCACGAUGUCUCGCCGCAAGCAAGGGAAACCCCAGCACUUAAGCAAACGGGAAUUUUCACCCGAACCUAUUGAAGCCAUUCUUACGGAUGACGAACCGGAUCAUGGUACGUUGGGAGCUCCAGAAGGGGACCACGACCUCCUCACCUGUGGCCAGUGUCAGAUGAACUUCCCUCUGGGGGACAUCGUUAUUUUUAUUGAGCACAAACGGAAGCAAUGCAACGGCACUCUUUGCCUAGAGAAGGGGGUGGAUAAGCCCCCUUCACCCUCGCCGAGCGAGCUGCGAAAAGCAUCCAAUCCUGUGGAGGUUGGCAUCCAGGUCACGCCCGAGGAUGAUGAUUGUUUGUCAACGUCAUCUAGAGGAAUUUGCCCUAAACAGGAACAUAUAGCAGGUAAAGAUGAACCCAGCAGCUACACGUGUACAACCUGUAAACAGCCAUUCAACAGCGCCUGGUUUCUCUUGCAACACGCACAGAACACUCAUGGAUUAAGGAUCUACUUAGAAAGCGAGCACGGAAGUCCCCUGACGCCGCGGGUUGGUAUCCCAUCAGGACUAGGUGCAGAAUGCCCUUCUCAGCCGCCACUCCAUGGAAUUCACAUUGCAGACAAUAAUCCUUUCAAUCUACUCAGAAUACCCGGGUCGGUCGCGAGAGAAGCUUCGGGUCUCGGAGAAGGGCGUUUCCCUCCCACGCCGCCUUUAUUUAGCCCCCCUCCAAGGCAUCACUUGGACCCACAUCGCAUAGAACGCCUGGGUGCCGAGGAAAUGGCUCUUGCCACCCAUCACCCCAGUGCCUUUGACAGGGUGCUGCGACUCAACCCCAUGGCCAUGGAGCCCCCAGCGAUGGAUUUCUCCAGGCGGCUUAGGGAGUUAGCUGGAAACACCUCUAGUCCGCCGUUGUCACCGAACCGGCCCAGUCCUAUGCAAAGGUUACUGCAACCAUUCCAGCCAGGCAGCAAGCCGCCAUUUCUAGCAACUCCUCCUCUUCCUCCUCUUCAGUCCGCUCCUCCCCCUUCCCAGCCUCCCAUUAAAUCCAAGUCCUGUGAAUUUUGUGGGAAAACCUUCAAGUUUCAGAGUAACUUAGUCGUCCACCGUCGAAGCCACACUGGAGAAAAACCGUACAAGUGCAACCUCUGUGACCAUGCGUGCACUCAAGCAAGCAAGCUAAAGCGCCACAUGAAAACCCAUAUGCACAAAUCCUCUCCUAUGACCGUGAAGUCGGAUGAUGGCCUCUCCACGGCCAGUUCCCCGGAGCCUGGGACCAGCGACCUUGUCGGCAGCGCCAGCAGUGCCCUCAAAUCCGUCGUGGCCAAAUUUAAGAGUGAGAAUGACUCAAAUAUGAUUCCGGAAAAUGGGGACGAAGAAGAGGAAGAAGAGGAGGAGGAGGAGGAAGAGGAGGAGGAAGAAGAGGAGGAGGAUUUGACUGAAAAUGAAAGGCCGGACUAUGGGUUUGGCAUUAAUCUCGAAGCAGCUCGACACCACGAAAACAACUCCCGGUCUGUUGAGGAGAAUCGCUCUAUGCCGGAUGUCAUGCAAGGAAUGGUUCUGAGUUCCAUGCAGCACUUCAGUGAGGCCUUCCAUCAGGUCCUGGGCGAAAAACAUAAACGAGGGCAUUUGUCCGAAUCUGAGGUGCAUAGAGACACUUGCGACGAAGACUCAGUAGCCGGUGAAUCCGAUCGCCUCGACGACGGCGCGAUUAAUGGUCGGGGGUGUUCCCCUGGUGAGUCUGCCGUGGGGGGCUUGUCCAAAAAGCUGCUCUUGGGUAGCCCAAGCUCCCUAAGCCCUUUCUCCAAACGCAUCAAACUUGAGAAGGAGUUUGAUCUCCCUGCGACAGCUAUGCCUAACACUGAAAAUGUUUACUCCCAGUGGCUAGCUGGGUACGCUGCCUCUCGGCAGCUAAAAGACCCGUUCCUCAGCUUCGGAGACUCCCGACAAUCGCCUUUUGCUUCCUCCUCGGAACACUCCUCCGAAAACGGAAGUUUACGCUUCUCGACGCCUCCCGGGGAGAUGGAUGGAGGGAUAUCAGGCCGCAGCGGUACAGGAAGUGGAGGAAGCACCCCGCAUAUUAGUGGUCCGGGCCCUGGAAGGCCUAGUUCAAAAGAGGGCAGACGCAGCGACACUUGUGAGUACUGUGGGAAAGUCUUCAAGAACUGUAGUAACCUCACUGUCCACAGGAGGAGCCACACUGGGGAAAGGCCUUAUAAAUGUGAGCUGUGUAACUACGCCUGCGCCCAGAGUAGCAAACUCACCAGGCACAUGAAAACGCAUGGUCAGGUGGGGAAGGACGUUUACAAAUGUGAAAUUUGUAAGAUGCCUUUUAGCGUGUACAGUACCCUGGAAAAACACAUGAAAAAAUGGCACAGUGACCGAGUCUUGAAUAAUGACAUAAAAACUGAAUAGAGGUAUAUUAACAUGUCCCCUUCUCUUCCCUUUCCGCAACCUAAUUCCACCUCCCCUUGUAGAGAUUUUCUAGUCCCUUGUGAGUAAAAUAAUGGAAGCUAAGGAUGAUAUUAAGAAUGUGCUUGUCACCAGCACACCUGUUUUCAUUUUCCUUUUUAUUUUAUUUUUUCCCUUUCUUUUUUCUCUCUUCUGUUUUCACCAUUUGAAUGCAUGAUCUGUAUUGGGGCAAUACUACGCAAACUUUGAGCCUUUCUCUUGUGCAAUAAUUUACAUGUUGUGUAUGUUUAUUAAUUUUUUUAAAAAAAUUAGACAGCAUGUAUGGUAUGUUAUGGCUGUUUUUUAAAAGAAAUUGUCCCCUGAUUCGUUGCUGAGCAAACAAACAAAAAGAUAACAACACACAAACACACACACACACACACACAUGCGCACGUAUACACCCACCCACACACCCACACCACAAACGCAGACAGCGCCAGAGCUGUUUUCCAGUAAUUUUCCAGGAAAAAGAGAGAGAGAGAGAGAGAAAAGAAAAAGAAAACAUUUUUAACAGAAGCAACCUUGCUGCAUACAUUCUGUAAUACAUAUCAUGUACAAUUUUGUUUUGAAUCAUAUAGAGGAAAAUGUACUUUGAAUUAACCCUCUAUGGACAGACAGAUAACACUCUAAAGGAGGGGGGGAAAACCCCUUGAUUUCUGUCUUUAAAAGGAUUUAACGUAUCAAUUGUUUUUUGUGGGGGUUGGUGGGGGGGAGGAAGAAUAGGCCUUUAACUGAAAAAUAAGGACAUAAACGAAAAGGUAAAUUUGUACUAUCAUUUGGUUUAAAAUGGAAAUCUGAGUGCCUUUAAUCUAUUUAAGCCAUGUUGGUGGCAACUCUACUUGUUCUAAACUUGUAGCUCAAUGUUCGCUCUGGGCAAUUUAAAUGAGUCCUUUAGGACCUAGCCGAUAACUCUAUAUUGUAUUUCUCACAACAGUGGCUACCUAGAAGCAAAAAUAAAUAAAAAUAAAAAAUAAAAAUAAAAAAUUAACAAAGAAAACCCAGCAAGUCCUAGUUAAUCAUCAUUUGAUUCCUGUCCCCCCCUCCCUGUUUUGACUAAAAAGCAGCCACCCCAAAACUGUCACAUAACUUGAAUUCUGCUCUAGAAUAGAGCUGAAAGCUAUCACCACCAUCACAGAGGAUUUUCUCUGUCUGCCUCCAUCCACCCCCACUCCCACUUUAAAAUUAAGGUUAUUAUUUUGAUGAUAAGAAAGAAUGUGAAAUUGUGAAAGGCCUUGGAAAAUGAUAAAAUACACUAGGAAGAAAUUUCAUGUUCUGAAAAUGUCACAAACAUUAUUAUUAUUAUUACUAUUUUAGAGAUACCGGCACACAAACAAAAAUAAAACCUAAAAAGAAAAGGAAUGAAAAUUAAGUCCAGGUCCGGUUGGUUGUCAACUUGACAAUCAAAUUAGAAAUGUACAACCUUGCGUACAGUAUAUUGAUCUAUUGAUCUCUCUAUAUAGGGAAGGAUGUAUAAACAGUCCGGCAAUAAUAUUUUACUGAGUGUAACACGUAGCAAAAACAAAAAGCCAAGUGUAAUGAUUUAUUAGCACAAUGUGGUACUGUUUUGCCAUUUAAAACUAAGAACAGAUUAUAAGCUAAUAUUGAUGUGAUGAUUAACUAUGAGCUAUUAAGAUUUGCCUUGAAGUGUGACAUUCUGGAAAAAAAGAAAAGUAAGAGAGAGAGAGAGAUAAUUUAAAAAGAGUAGCAUUGUAUGCCUGUGCUCCCUAAAAGUUGCUCUUCAUUUUGUUUCGUUUUAUCAUAUGCUAUGUGCUAGUUGUGUUAACAUGGAAAAAGGAUUCAUUGUUUUUACGAUUAAGCUAGCAUUGCCCCACUGGAUGUUCACAUAGCACUUCACUCAGCCUGUCGCAUUUGUAUCUUUUCCUUAAUCAGAGGUACACAGGUUGAGUAUAAAGAACUUCUAAGACUGCUCAGAUAGGACAAUUUAAAUGCACUGUACAAUUUUCCCAGUUUACAGGUCUAUACUUUUAAGGGAAAAAUUGCAAGAUUAAUGAAAAAUUUUGUUUUUUUAAAAAAUUGAGCAUGAUCUCAUGAUGAGCAUAUAAAAAAAACUCUGCCAGCUUGCUGUUUUACUUGACUAAUGACUGGGACGCAACAUUACGGAGCUGUGAAUGGGAACAGGUCCUGCAGUUAUAUUAAAAAAAUAACGAAUGAUUGAUCUUGCUCCUACAGUGCAAGGAUGUGUUUUCUUCUUUUUUUUGUACAAAACUUUUUAAAAUAUAAAUGUUAUGUUUUUUUUAAAACAACAACAACAACAACACUUCAUUAUGUUUAGGGGAGGAAAAAAAAUGUAUUUUAGGGUUCAUUGUCUUGGUGAUGUACAAGACCUCUUAUUCAUUGAAAACCAGUAGUUGAAAAUCCUAUGCCUUGGAUAUACGACAACUCUUCAGGUUGUAAAAUAAAUGCAUUGGGAAAAGGUUUAAGAAUAUAUAGUACUUAAAUAUAGGAAAAUGCACACUCCUGUUGGUUCCUAUGCUAAGAAGAAGAGAGGAAAAAAAAACAAAAAAAGAAGAAAAACACAUUUAUGGUCUCUUUUUUCUGUAAUUUCUAGAAUGGUAUUUGAAUUUAAUGUUCACCUAGAGUAGGCACUAUAGUAUUUAUAAUGAAGCUUGUAUUUUUAACUGUUGCUUGUUUCUCUUUUUUAAAAAAAGGUAUCAAAGUACCUUUUUUGGUAGUGGAAAAACACACACAGACACACACAGACACACACAGACAGACACACAAACAGAGGCUGCCACAGUAUAUUUUUUUAAUUUGGCAGGAUAAUAUAGUGCGAAAUAUUUGUAUGUUUCAAAAAAAAAAAAAUUGACAAGAAAAGUGUGACAUUGUACAGAUAAGAGGCCAUAUAAUGGCUGUUUUUUUCGGGGGUGGGGGGCAGUUGGAGAAGAAAAUCUGUUUGAAUGUCACACUAUAUAAGUGUCGCAGAUGGUUGUACAUAUCAAAGUUCUUUUUUUGGGGGGGGGGGGUUCUUUGGUUUCCGCUGCCAUAUUGUAUGCAGUAAUGCAAGGUGAUAAUGUUGGUUUGUUCUGUAGUGUGCUUUUUGGUCUCUUUUCUUCUUCUCUUAUCCCUUUACAUUCCAGCAUCUUAAACUUCAUAUGCAGUAAAAGAAAGAAAAAAUGUGUAAAAAAAAAAAAAAAAAAAAAAAAAUUGAACGAAAGGAGAAAAAAAAAAAAGAAGUUUUGCAGGUUUUUUUUCCAUUGCCAAAAAGAAAAAAAAAUUAAAAUGGUGCUUUAUAUAUUUAGAUCGGAAAGGAUUUCAUAUGCAAAGCAUAUUAAAAAGAGAGAGCCCCGCUGGAGUCGAUACCUUUUUUGUAUAUGGCAAUGCAAAAUAUUUUGUUAUUAUCGGCCUUUUCUAUUCCUGUAAUGAAAGCUGUUUGUCGUAACUUGAAAUUUUAUCUUUUACUAUGGAAGUCACUAUUUAUUAUUGCUUACACGCCUCUGUUCAGAACAGAAGCGUCAGAUUUGAUCUUUGUUUUUUGUUUCGUUUUUUUUAAUUUUUUUUUUAAUUAUUUAGAUGACCAAAGGUCAUUGACAACCAGGCUCUUUAUUGUAUUUUUUUUUCCUAGUCUUUGUUAAGUUCUAUUGGGAAAACCACUGUCUGUGUUUUUUUGGGGGUCUUUUUUUUUUUUUAAAUUGGGCAGUUGUCUGCAUUACCCUGUUCAUUCACCCAUUUUGUCCCUUAAUUGAAAAAAAUAAAAAUAAAAAAAUAUUGCUUAAAGUACAUACCAUAAGCUCUGCGUGUCCUCAUUUGACACACUCUGUAAAUUUCCCUCAGUGAGAGAAGCAGCUUUUAAGAGAAGGCCAGUUGGGUUUUCUUCACGGGGGCAUUUUGAUGUACGUAUUAGUAGCCUAAAGUUCCAGAUAGUUUCCUAUUUAUAUCACAAUAAAAUGCUUUGCCCCUGGGGAAAAAGUGUCUUUGGUCUUAUAUUGAGAACAAAGAUAUGUAUUUUUUCCAACGAAGAGAAUCUUUAUUUUCCAUCUGGGUGUAUCUCCCCCACCCCACCCUAGCUGCCCGCCCCUCAGUUUUCUUCUUUUUUCUGAAGAAUGCAUUUAGUUAAAGACUAAAAGGUGAAGGGAUUGCCAGCAACAUCCACGCCAUUCAUUUUCGUUUGUGAAAGGGACUCUCACCCACGCCCUCUCCCCUUCCUGUUUUGCACCAUUGCGUACAAUCACAAACAAGCUCAGAUGUGAAACAAUAUGCAACUCCCCCCCUCGUGUGGCCACAGCCUUCC